UCCCAACGGAUCCUAAUGUCCAAGUCCAGUCUCCAAACCCAAACCCUUCUUCAUCCCUCAACACCAUGACCACCCUCACCGGCAAAACCAUCCUCAUAACCGGAGGUACCCGCGGCCUCGGCGCCGUCACCGCUCUCGCCCUUGCCCGCCUCGGUCCACACAAGAUCUACAUAACCGGCCGGCCCUCCUCUUCCGCCACCGCAGACACACUCAUCUCCAAAAUCCGCUCAGAAGCCGAAUCCAACCCCAACGCCAACAACGUCUGCACAAACAUCACCUUCCUCCCCACCGACAACGCCUCACUCGCUUCUGUCUCCGCCACCGCUCAAAAGCUGCUAGAAACCGAAGAGAAAAUCGACAUCCUCAUCUGCAACGCCGGCAUCGCCGCCAUCCCCCUGGGCAAAUCAGAAGAUGGCUACGAGAUCCAGUUCGCUACCAACGUCCUCGGCCACGCUUUACUCAUUCGCAAACUCUUGCCUCUCUUGCGCAAGAGUACCUCUAGUGGUGCAAGAAUCAUCAGCCUAGGCUCCUACGGCUACCGCAUGGCGAAAACCGUCGAUCUCGAGCGCGUAUCUGGAGAUGGUUUGGCGAAGGACAAGGAUGAUUUCCUGGGCUAUCAGAGAUGGCGGCGGUAUACGGAGUCCAAGUUGGCCAAUACGCUGUACACCUCUCAGCUUGCGAAGCAGUACCCGGAGAUUACUUCGGUGACGGUCACGCCGGGGUUUGUGGAGAGUGAUAUGGUCAAGAACUUUGGCUUUGUGGAUCAUUGGAUGACCAAGUUGGGAGCGAAAUUGGCUCGGGGGCAAAAGGGAAUGGUGACGGUGGAAGAGGGGGCGGAGAAUACUGUUUGGGCUGCUACCGUAGAAGCAAAGGAGUUGGUGAAUGGAGGAUUGUAUGAUCCUGUUGGGAAGAGGGUGCCUGAGGGGGAGUUGACGGCCGCGGCGAGGGAUGAGGCUUUGGCUAAGAAACUUUGGGACUGGACAGAGGCGGAGUUGAAGAGGUGGUUGUAAGGGGUGGAGGAUGAGUGAGGGACG